CGCCUGACAUAAGCCGCACAUGUUCCCCUUGAUGAAAGCUCUUUUCAACAUCAACGGACCUCCACAGGUUGCCAGCAAGUUCAGCGCCUUCCGCUUUUCUUGUUUUUCGUCGCAAGAGACAUGUCACAGCAGCCACCACCGACAGUGAUGCCACAGAAUAUGCUCCCUCCUGGUGAAGCGGAGCUCGCUCAAGCCAACUCCUACUAUCCCCAGGAACCUGCAGACCUUACGGGCGGUCUUCCUAUCAACCUCGACUCUCUGCGUGAUGGUCCACCAGGAAGCAAACCAUUUUAUCCAUAUUCCACGCUUAUUCGGUAUGCCAUAAAGGGUUCUCCAAAUCAAAAGCUACUCCUCGAAGACAUUUACUACGCCAUCGAGUCCCGCUUUCCUUAUUUCAGGAAUGCCCCAUCUGGUUGGAAGAACUCAGUACGACACAAUCUUUCACUCAACCCAUGCUUUGAGAAAGUGCCGCGUCCCCUCACUGACCGGGGAAAAGGCUCGUAUUGGACUGUCAAUGAUAACGUUGACCCGAGAACGGGUGUCCAUCGAGUGAGGAAGAAGAAGCCGAAGGGCGCAAAGGGUCGGCAGUCAGAGGAGGAUCAGGAUGUGGAUUAUCAUCCUGAAGCAUUCAACGACCCUAAUGCACAAUUUGUGCCACCGCCGCCUAUGCAUCCUGACGAAGCAGGUCCCAGUCGACAAGCGCCGUAUCCGCCUUAUCCUCCCACGUUUGAUCCCAACUUCCAGAUGAUGCCUCCCCCACCUCCCGGCCUUCGUUUCCCUCCUGUGCCCAUAGAUGAUCUGGAAGUAGACGAGAGUGGGAACAUUUUAUGGCGUUUGUCCUUGAUGAAGGAGCUUGCGCAUUUGCAACAAAUUUCGUCAGAGAAGGACAUGGGCGAAGAUUGGUACCGCGUGAUGCUCUUGCGUAUGCGUGGAGCUGUCAUGGCACCACCACCUACAUACCAUGAUGGUAUGCACCCUCCGCCCGGGAUGCCGCCUCCACCUCCGCCCAAUGCAGAGUUGCAGCAGUGAAUGUUUUAACUCUGUCCCAACAUUAAUAAUGGUCUUGAGUGGACAGCAUUUUGAAUUCAUUCUACUACAGCAUGUUGUCUGUAUGUCAUUUCUGUAUCCCCAAUGGACUUUUUGGCCCAACGCGCGAGGAUGCGCGAUUGAAUCUGAUAGUAUGUAAGUAGCAAUUUUAUGUGAUUGACUUCC